AAACAGGAGCGGGAUGUGUCGGAGCGCGUAUGCAACACACUAAAGAAAAAAGAAGACAAGAAGUUGACGCAACACAGAUGUAACAAAAGAGGCACCUACCAGAUUGAGGAAAAUGAGACAAAGUAACCACAAACUGCAACCAGUGCACAGUGCAAUAGCUCUUCAGGGGCAGGACAUGAACAGAGGAGCCUCGCCUGAUUGGCUGAGCUCCUCUAACAUGCAAAUAUGGUGUCAGAUACAGUUCAGUCCUCGAUACUAAACCCUGCAGUUCAGCUCCAGAGAGAGAGAACAUAGACGCAGACUCAAGAUACUCUUUCAUUUCCACUGGAAAUGAUUUAGCAAAUCACAUGGUGGUUUACCAUCUAUUUAUCUAAACUUCAGCUAAAGCCAGCAGACAUAAGAUCACAUCUACAGUCUAAGAAUGACUUGUACAAGAGUCCUCAGUGCACUUGGGAGUCACGCCCAGCCGGCUAUGACACCUGUCGACCUUGCCAUGCAUCUCAGACUCAGCCAACGCCAACCUCUGUAUGAGCUUCUGUCCAUGUCUCCUCUGAAACCAGCGGAGCAAAGCAGUCAGCCAGCUCAGUGUCUCCAAAGGGCUAUCAGCCUUCGCUCCACACGCCGCUCACCUUCUUCCCCCCACUCUCUACCAUCAUUGCUGCCCUCUGCCCCAGUGGCCAUCGGGCCACAGAGCUGUUUCCGUAGAGACAGCAGCGGUCGGACCAAGAAGCGCGUUGUGUUUGCAGAUGCUAAAGGACUGGCUCUCACUGCUGUGCGCCUGUUUAUUCCUGACUAUUCAAUCCCCACUUCUACCUUGCCAGUAAAACCCACCAAGGCCAAAGUGCAAAGCCCACAGUGGUCUUGGAACAAACUGCUGCAAAAGUCACCAUCAAGCAAACUACAGCAACAGUCAACCUUGAACAUAUUGCAGCAACAGUCAAGCCCAAACCAGUUGCAACACUACAAGUUAAGACUGGGCUUCCCUCAGCCAGUUCUGGACAUUUCCCUCGCACGUCUGCGUGAGAUGCGGGUACAGUUGGAAAGCUGCAACAUUUCAGGGAACUCAUUGAGUGGCAGAGUGCGUGUUUCACAUGUUAGCACUGAAAAGGCUGUACAUGUAAGGAUGACCUUUGACUCUUGGCAGAGCCAUCAUGACAUUCCCUGCACAUUUCUGCAGGAGCAACGUUUUGGAAGCUCUGUGGUGGAUGUUUUUGCCUUUGACCUCAGCUUACCGAAGAAUGUAGAUCCAGAGGAGAGAAUCGAGUUCUGUGUGUCCCUCAGAACCGGAGCAGCGACACACUGGGACGACAACAAUGGACAGAACUACAGGGUGUGUGUGGAAAAAGACAGAGCUAAUGCCAACCAGGGCAACACUAACAGCUCUUACUCUACACUUACAAAAUACCAGCCACCAUCCUGGCCCUCAUAUGUGUCCCUCAGUGUGCAGAACUAUGCUGAUCCUCAGUAUAUCCAGAAUAGCUUAUCAAGAAGGUUCAAUGCAGACUGGGAUCCUGAGUUCUAGUCCUGUUUGCUUCUAUCUUUUCAGUAGAGCUUUGUGAAUGUGUAAAUAAUCUGGACAUUGUAGCUAAUAUAUAUUUAAGAGAGACAGAACUUUAUGGGAUGUAUGGACCAAAAAAGUUGGUCAAAAAAACUUACCCACCUGAGCUCACCUACCCUGCUGUAAUGUGAAUGAUACAUACUGCAGUAAUGAUCUUAUUUUACCAUUAAACUAAAAAACAAAACUCCUUUUUAUUCUCUUUGACACAUUCCUUUUUACAAGAGCAGCUUAGAUUUUACUGUAAUACAACCUGUGUGUGACACAAAGCCCUGAUUAAGACACAGGGGCCCUACAGGGAGAACAAAAAUAUGAGACCUGUUUUUCAGUUUAAGAGGAAGCAUGUGCAUCAGCACACAAAGAGAUUAUUUUAUUCUAAGAACCUUUUGAACUCUUAGCUUUUGUAUAACGUAUUUUCCACAAACACAGUGAAUGAAUAAAAUAAAUGAUCUUAGCUCAUGA